CGCCAUUCGACAUCCAUUACCGCAAUUCGACGCACCCCGCUGGCAACGUCGGUUUAAAUAAUCUGGGGAACGUGGAAUACAUCCACUACCCACAUCACCAAGUUUUAUGCAGCCUUGCACAGCUUGCAGAUAGCUUCAUAUAUAACUAAGCCACAAUCCGUGGACAACCCUACCUGCGUACGCACACUCAACAUGGCUUCCGCAGCAGAGGUUCAGCCCAACGUUCACGAUCCGGAAACUGUAUACAACAACGAUCAGACUCUUACAGAAAAGAAAGACUCAUCAGAACUUGGCAACGAGCAACACGAGGAUCCAGCGCGUCUCACGACACACGACGAUGACCGUGCUCACUACGCGAAGUUCGGCACAUAUGACCGCUACGAGAUGACCGAAGAAGACUGUUAUGACGAGCUCGGCUUCUCAUUCCCGGAGUGGAGGAAGUGGAUGAUCCUGUCCGUUGUCUUCCUCGUCCAAGUGUCAAUGAACUUCAACACAUCGUUGUACAGCAAUGCAGUCGGUGGUAUAUCGGAAGAGUUCGGUGUCAGUGCUCAAGCAGCACGUGUUGGUGCGGCUGCUUUCCUGGUUGCAUACGCGUUUGGAUGCGAGCUUUGGGCGCCUUGGUCCGAAGAGCUCGGCCGCUGGCCUAUCCUCCAGCUCUCUCUGUUCUUUGUCAACAUAUUCCAAAUUCCUGUGGGCAUUGCGCCUAACUACGCCACCAUCAUCGCCUUCCGUACGCUUGGUGGUCUCUCGACCGCGGGUGGCUCCGUCACUCUGGCCAUGGUAGCUGAUAUGUGGGAGCCUGAUAACCAGCAGUAUGCAGUCGCCUUCAUUGUCUUCUCUUCUGUCGGCGGUUCUGUUCUUGGUCCAAUCGUUGGUGGCUUUGUGGAACAAUUCCUUGCAUGGCGGUGGAACAUCUGGAUUCAAUUGAUCUUCGGCGGCGCAGUUCAGAUCGCCCACGCCUUGCUUGUACCAGAAACACGCACAACAGUUUUGAUGGAUCGCAUCGCGAAGAAACGCAGAAGUGAAGGCGAGAAGAACGGCAAGCCUGUCAACGUCUGGGGACCCAACGAGCUUACGCCAUUAAAGGAGCGCUUCAGUGCCCAUGAAAUCUUGACAACAUGGAUUCGACCAUUCCGCAUGUUUUUGACUGAGCCUAUUGUGCUUGUCUUGUCCCUGCUUUCCGGUUUCUCCGACGCCAUCAUCUUUAUGUUCCUGCAGUCGUAUGCUCUUGUGUACGCACAGUGGGACUUCGCAGCUUUUGCAAUCGGUCUUGCCUUCGUGCCUAUUGGGAUUGGCUAUCUCUUGGCAUGGUUCUCCUUCUUCCCUGCCAUCAAGCGCAACGAGCGACUCCGCAAGGAACGCCCUGGCGAUGAGAUUGCGCAAUAUGAGGCUCGUCUUUGGUGGUUGUUGUUCACCGCCCCAUGUCUGCCCAUCGGGUUGAUCAUCUUCGCUUGGACAUCAACCGGUCCGCCACUGCACUGGAUAGGCUCCAUGAUCGCCUCGGCUAUCAUAGGCGUGGCCAACUACGCCAUUUACAUGGCGACCAUUGACUACAUGAUCUGUGCAUAUGGUCCCUACUCGGCUUCUGCAACUGGAGGAAACGGGUGGGCGCGCGACUUCCUCGCUGGUGUUCUGACCCUCCCUGCGACACCAUUCUUCCAAAAUAUCGGCUCAAACCCUCUCGCGAAUGCCUCCACAAUUCUUUUCUGUAUCUCUCUUUUACUCGUGGUGUCAGUGUAUGUCAUCUACUGGAAGGGUCCUACUCUGCGAAAGAGGUCACCGUUUGCGCAGCAGCUUGCUGGAGCUCGCGAAGACAAUGGCGGCAGGAGAGCAAGCCACGUCCCCGGAGCAUAUGGCUCACGAGUCAACUCCAUUUCCGGUAACGAACGUGCCGGCAUGCCAGGCUCGAGACGAGGCAGUGUUAUCAGAGGCUCAAGUUUUCAGGGCAGGCCAGCUGCCCAACGCGGUAUCAGCGCUUCGAACGUGGCUUAGAGCCGCAGUCGAAAGGAGCAAAGAUGCGAUUGAGAUGUAAAUAUUGUUGCAAUACUACCAUGAAGAUAGCAUAAUCUUAAUUGAAAAGAUAGCAUAAUCUUAAUUAAAAAGACAGCAAAAUCCUGAUUCAAAAGACAGCAUAAUCUUAAUUGAGGAACCAGCAUUAAACACAACCUCUCACUGUGCAUUGUCUAAUGGCAGGCUGUUGCUGCAAC